AUGGCAAGCAUCUCAGGAAGUGGUCGUGAUCCUAGUAGCGUUAAGGGGAAACUGAGCGUGGAAGCUGCGGCAGAUGGCGGAGCACGCACCUCGACGUUCCUCUGCUGUAUCUGGCACAUGGGGCGUAAGAUUGGAAAUGCGGACCUAGGGGCUGCCCGCUACACUUCUAAGGAUGAGCUCCGAAUAGGCUUCGUUUCUUUUAAAUUGCUAGACUUGCGUAACCCGCACGUUAGGCUGGGGGAGGUGAUGGAAUCGUCUCCGCCUAAGAACAACGACGACAAGGCACAAACUUCUCACACUGAAGGGAACAAAGCAGGGGACAAAGCUGAUGAAUUGCCCAAUAGCUCCCAGAACAAUGCCAAAACCCGUCGUCGCAUCACAUUUGCAUUUUUCAGUUGGCCAUUUUUUGGCCGCCGUGAGAGACAUCAUGGAAAUGGCGUUCCACCGGCGGAACGACGUGCUGCAGAGCAAGACAACCUGCAGCUGCCAAAAGUUGCGAGCUUAACAGGCGCUAUUUUUUCCCAACGUCCAACGGCAACCAGCACUAUCACUAGACGUAGACACUCUUACGCACCCCAGGCGUCAAGGGACUACAGUCGUUGCAUUCAGGAUUUGUCCGUAUGUACCGAUGAUGAACGUGAGAUUGAGGUGGAGCCAGAACUGGAUGGCAAUGCCAUGGAUGAGCCGCAAGUUCACCCCCUGCGCAUGAAUCCUGUGAACGAUGAGAAGCAGCACAGCACACCAUUUAGUACCAAUGAUGCUGCAAGCGUUGUUGAAGCUGUAGAGCCUUCCGGAGGGCCAGAAGUUGUUUCUGUAGCCGAGACUUCCUUCGUGACGGCCACUAACAACACCGAUGAUGCUGAAGAAAUGGGAAAUGGAGAAAACCCUCCUCCCACCACCCCUUGCGAAGAAUAUGCAGCUGAAGAUGACCCUUACCCUGUCUCUGACACCUCGUCUGUCUAUGCUGAAGAGUGGUUCCCGUUUCGUGAGCUCUCGCAGAUAUCCUGGCGCACGGCUGGACCUACGUCUGCGGAGGAAUUGUUGCCAUCAACUCGCAAAUCCCCCUAUCGCAUGGGGAGGACCCGUCGUUAUGGCUGGAUUGAAGGCCAGCCAUUCUAA